AUGACAGCCCACAUACCACCAGAGAGCUCCAGCAGCUGUGGCACCACCCUCAUAGAACCUCACUCCUGGGGUCCUCGGAGUGCAGAAGAGAAAGUGCAGAAGACGUCCUUCCACUCAGAAGAUAUCCGUCCUGAAAUGAAAGAAGACAUACAUGACCCCAGCUACCAGGAUGAGGAGGGGCCCCCGCCCAAGCUGGAGUAUGUCUGGAGAAACAUCAUCCUCAUGGCCCUGCUGCACUUGGGGGCCCUGUAUGGGAUCACACUGGCUCCCUCCUGCAAGUUCUACACCUGGCUCACAGGAAUAUUCUACAAUUUGGUUGCUGCUUUGGGCAUCACAGCCGGGGCUCAUCGCCUGUGGAGCCACCGAACUUACAAGGCGCGCCUGCCCCUGCGACUCUUCCUCAUCAUAGCCAACACCAUGGCUUUCCAGAAUGAUGUGUAUGAAUGGGCCCGAGAUCACCGCGUCCACCACAAGUUCACAGAAACACACGCCGACCCUCACGAUUCCCGGCGUGGCUUUUUCUUCUCUCACGUGGGCUGGCUGCUUGUGCGCAAACACCCGGCUGUCAAAGAGAAGGGUGGAAAACUGGACAUGUCUGACCUCAAAGCUGAGAAGCUGGUCAUGUUCCAGAGGAGGUACUACAAGCCAGCUGUCGUGCUCAUCGGCAUCGUCCUGCCCACGCUGGUACCCUGGUACUUCUGGGGUGAAAGUUUUCAACACAGCUUUUAUGCUGCUACUCUCCUGCGGUAUGCUCUAGUCCUCAAUUUCACCUGGCUAGUGAACAGUGCCGCCCACCUCUACGGAUAUCGGCCGUAUGACAGGAACAUUGGCGCCCGAGAGAACGCCCUGGUUUCAGUGGCAUCUUUUGGUGAGGGCUUCCACAACUACCACCACACCUUCCCCUACGACUACUCUGUCAGUGAGUACCGCUGGCACAUCAACUUAACCACAUUCUUUAUUGACUGCAUGGCUGCCCUGGGCCUGGCUUAUGACCGGAAGAGAGUGUCCAAGGCUGCUGUCUUGGCCAGGAUCAAAAGAACUGGAGAUGGGAGCCACAAGAGUGGCUGAG